AGUGGGCAGUUUUGGUUUCAGCACUUUAGCCCACUGCCAGAUUGCAACGCGCUUUUUUCUUUUCCAGGGUAGAGAGUAAAGGAGAGUUGUUGGUUGAUGAUGCACUGAGGAGAAAAUUUCCAUCGCUUCACUGCAACUGGUUGCCGAAACCGCGAUAAGUUGCUGCAUUUGAGGGUUUUAUCGAAGCGAUUCUUUGUAAUUGUUUACGAGGAGAAGUGAGAGAAUGGUGGAUUUUGCGAGGGUGCAGAAGGAGCUUCAAGAGUGCAAUAGGGAUUUCGAGGUAUCGGGGAUAAAGGUAAUCCCUAAGAGUGAGGCUAAUUUGACCCAGUUGCUGGGCACAAUCCCCGGUCCGCUUGGUACUCCUUACGAAGGCGGCACCUUCAAGAUCGACAUCACUUUGCCAGAUGGUUACCCUUUUGAGCCUCCCAAAAUGCGGUUUGCCACUAAAGUAUGGCAUCCUAACAUAAGCAGCCAGAGUGGUGCCAUAUGCCUGGAUAUCCUGAAAGACCAGUGGAGCCCGGCACUGACUUUGAAAACAGCACUUCUUUCUAUUCAAGCGCUUCUCUCUGCCCCGGAACCUGCCGACCCCCAGGAUGCUGUGGUUGCACAGCAGUACCUUAAGGACCACCAAACUUUUGUGGGCACUGCUCGUUACUGGACCGAAGCAUUUGCAAAAACAUCAUCUCUCGGCGUGGAGGAGAAGGUGCAAAAGCUUGUUGAGAUGGGCUUCCCUGAAGCUCAGGUAAGGAAUGCUCUGGAAAGCGUUGGUGGCGACGAGAACUUAGCCCUGGAAAAGCUUUGCUCUAGUUAACUCUCAAUCCUCGGAAAGAAGUGAAUGUUGCAGCCAAAUGAGAAUGGAGGGCUCCAUUAAAACACUUCACAAUGAUAAUUUAUUUUCAUUUUUCCCCAUCAGGUUGUUUUUUUUGCAUAUCUAUAUAAUCUUGUGAGGUGUUACACUUGAUGAAGUAAUUAGAAUUUGGGUUUGGAUGUUCA